AUGUCUGUGCUAUUGGCAGACAUAGAUGCCACCUGCGCUGCGCUGGGCGUCAGCGACGGCAAACGAUACCAAGCGGAGCCCGAUGCAGCAGACGGUUUAAAGCACUUGAUAUGGAUAUUGCGUCGCGAUCUGGACAAUCAUGAGUAUCGGCGGCACUUGGGACGCGCCAAGGUGCUGCAGACGGAUCUCGUUUAUAUGCUGCCCGAUUAUGUGCACGACGCGGAGCUAUCGGAUCUGUUGAUACGUUUGUUGGUCAUAUUGACCAAUCCGACAUUGCUGCUGUAUCGUGAUGGGCCGCCCAGUGACAAUCACGGGCGAAAAGUGUUCCUUGAACUCAUUGACAUUUUGCAGGGCUAUAAAGUAGCCUUUGCUAAGGAUAAAAUAUGGGCAGCCCUGUUUGAGAAGCUCAAACAAGCAUUGGAAAUUGCAUUCGCCAUACGCAGCGAGGAGCAGAAUUUGUUGAUUGAACGCAUCCUGGUCCUGGUGCGCAAUGUGCUCCAAGUGCCAGCCAACCCGGAGGCCGAGUGUCGAGCGGAUAACGAUGCCAGCUUGCAUGAUCAAGUCAUUUGGGCGUUGCAUCAAACGGGCAUGCUCGACCUGGUGCUCUUCAUAAUCUCCUCGCCAGAUGAGGAGCAAUUUCAUUUGCACGGACUCGAAAUCAUUUGCCUACUCUAUCGCGAACAGAGCGCCGAGUCCUUGGCGGAUGCUUCGCUGCAGCGCAGUCUUACCGAGAAGCAGCGAGAUCAGCAGGAGUUGCUCGCCGCCCGCCGUCGUGAGCAUGCUCGACGACAGGCCCGGCCGCCCCUCGGCCGGCAUUCCCGCUUCGGCGGCACCUAUGUCAUCCGUAAUAUGAAAUCCGUUUCCGAUCGGGACAUCAUUUGCCAUCAGCCGCUGCAGCGCGUUUCGGCUAUGGAUUUUGAUCGCGAGAAACAGGCGCAGAAGCGAUCGCAUCGCCACAUCAAGGAGGAGGCGCAGGUGACGCGGCGUAGCGCUUUUACUGUUAGACUGUGCCUGCGCGAAUAUUGCAUUGAGGUGCUGCGCUCCGCUUACAAUACGCUCGUGCGGCAGGUGCGACGUGUCCUGGAACGCAAUGCCGGCUCGUCGAGUCACGAUGACUCUUAUCUAUUGUGGGCCAUACGAUUUUUCAUGGAGUUCAAUCGUUUGAGUGGACUACAAUUGCAGCUAGUCAGUGAAUCGCUGAGCGUGCAAUGCUUCCACUGGGUACUGACACGCAUGCAACAUGACAUGGACAUGAUUCUGUGCGACAAGAAGCAGGCGCGUCUCUGGGCCAAGCGGCUGCAUGUGGCCCUUUUGACAUUCCGUGAAUUGCUGCAGAGCUUGCUGGCCCUGCAGAAGCUGAAGGAUGAUGACAACGCGCGUGGACUGUUCGAUAUGUUAUUGAACAACGUGUGCUAUGUGCUGGAGUAUAGGGAGACAAUACUGCAUUUGUUAAUGAACUACAAUGAGGCGCACAGCACAAAGGUAUUCCUGCGCGACGUGGUGGAUACGGCAAAUGUGUUUAUUAAAAUGAUGGAGCGCUUCUGUCAGGAUGCAGUCGUUGUUCAGGAUAAACGUCGUGGUAAAAAUAAGAAGAAGAAGAAGCAACAGACAUCCAACAAACCGUCCAAGUCAUCCAAACAGCCAACGGAGGAGGAGCUGGCCACCAAAUGGGCUGAAAUGGCAUCGGAGGUGAGUUUGCUGCUGGCCACAGAGCUGCAGUUGCCGGAGGAGCAGCAGCCGCUGCCCUUUGAUGCCACCUUGGAGAAGUCCAUCGACGAUCAACGCGAGGACUGCAUGAUGCGCAUAAAUAAAUUGCUGCGCAACGCUAAAUUGGAGUCGGCGAUUGCCCUGCUGCGUGCUGCCAGGGAAGUCUGGCCAGAGGAGGAUGUCUUUGGCUCAUAUACCGCCGCACCGGAGGAUGAAUUGUUGCUGCUACGCGAGAUUUUCAUGCACAACAUUACAACAGUUGAAGCCGCAGAUGAGCCGAACGAGAAUGAGAACGAGGACAAUGCCAGCGAGGAGGAUGUGGAGAACGAGGAGUUUGGCGAGCCAGAUAAUGGACUUACGGAGAAAACGUUCAAAUUUGAGGAUUUCGCUCGCAGACUGCUGCAUCCGAAGAUCGUGCGUGCCUGCACUAUCGUCCUGACGGACUGGGCCCAGAUACCGACGCGUGCGCUGAAGGCGGCUGUCACCAUAUUGCAUCGCAUCGCAUACGGAUGCUCCUGUCCGGGCAUGCUCUACCAGGCCAAGCUGUUUCGGAUCUUUCAACAAGUCUUCAGCGUGGAACGUGACGCCCAUCAGGAGGAGCUGCGCCGGCUGGGCAUCUAUGUGGUCCGCAAAUUUGUCGAAGUGGCACCAACUAAUCCAAAAAUCUAUGCAGAGUUAUUAUUUUACAAGACCGUACGGGAGGCCAACGAGCUCGAGACGGGCUAUUGUGAUGCCUAUGAAGCCGGCACCAAGGGCGCCUGGAGCGAGGAGCAGGAGAUGGAGCUGCGCUUCCUAUUCGAGGAGAAUCAACGGAAUCCCGAAACCGAUAAGGAUGUGAUUGAUUGGAUUCUGGACAAUUUGGUAGACAAGACACGCACACGACGCGGCGUGCUAAAGAAACUGAAGGAGCUGGGGCUGCUGUUCAAGGCGCCCACAAAGCGAUCGACGAAGGCGGCGCUGGGUGGCAAGAACCUGUGGCAGCCGGAGGAGGAUGAGGAGCUGAGCGGCCUAUACGAUCAGCAUCGCCUGGAGCCAGACUGCCUGCAGCGCAUUGUGGAUGCGUUUGGGGAGCGACGGAACAAGCAGCAGAUACUGAAGCGAAUGGUGCAGCUGCAUCUGAUUGCGGACAAGUCGGAGAUACUGCCAGCCAAGGCGAGCAAGGGCAAGGGCAAGCGAAAGCAAGCUAAACAGAAGGAGGGCGGCAAAAGUGACGAGGAGUCGGAGCAGGAGGAUUACAUGGAGGAGCCGACAUUUGGCGAGCCACUGCCUAGGUCAAAGGCCAAGUCCAAGUCCAAGCCACGGGCUCGUGUGCGCACGCCCUUGGAUGUAGGCACGGUGCGCGCUCUGAUCGCCCAGGUGGAUGCGGAGGCGCUGGACUGGCUCAGGGAGUGCCUGGAAGAUGCCAGCGAGGAUGCUGAAGAGGCGGGCGAGGACGACGACGGUGUGCCGCUGCUGCCGCUGCUCGAUAGCCAAAAGGCUGCCAUGGAGCAGGCAGACUUUCAGAAGGUACUCGUUGCCCUGGGCAUGCAGCCGCCCAUUGUGGGCAUGGAGAACUAUUGGCGCAUACCCAGCUAUCUCAAUGCGGCAGAUCUGAAGAUGCGCGCCAAGAUUGUAGCCGGCGAGGAGGUCGAGCCCGACAACGACAGCGAGGAGGAGUCCCAGCCAGCGGGCGACAGCGAGCAGGAGGAGGAGGAGGAGGAGGACUACUUGGAUAAGCGCAGCCGAGAGCGCCAGCAGGCGGCGGCUCAGAAUAUAUCAGUUCAGCAACAACAACAGCGCAAGCUGGACAGCCUGACGUUCAACAAAAGCGACGACGAGGCCGAGCAGCGCGAGCCGCCAGCAAGGGCCAAGGGCAAGCGCGCCAAGAAGGGCAAAGCGAAGGCUAAGCUGCAACAAAAGGACUCCUCGGACGAGGAGGAAGUCAAUGAAAUAGCGCGCAAAUUGGCACGCAGAAGGCGACAGCCUGAUGUGUCCAGCGAGGAGUCCGAUGCAGAGCAGGAGACACAACGGAUAGCUCAAACGGUGCGGGAGAAGGAGCAGGAGCAGGAGCAGAAGCUGGAGCUGGCUGGCAAGCCAAACACGGAUGAUUUAUUUGAACAAUUGAAAGCUAAACGCGCCACUAAAAUCAAAUUGAAGGAUAUGGUUCUCGAUGAGGCGAGCGAGCCGGCAACAGAUGGGCAGGAGCCGGACGAGCAGGAUGAUGCACUCGAGUUCAAUUCGGAGGGCUUUAGGGCGCGGCUGCUAGAGCUCGAAGAGGAGGAGCAAGGGCAGGAGCAAGAGCAGGAGCAAGAGCAGCCAGCCGAGUCGGAGCAUGACAAAGAGAAUGCCACAUUGCAGGCGAAUAACACAAUCAAGGCAAACUCCUCUGCCUCCGCCUCCGUGAGUGUCGCCUCGUCGUCCUUGCAGCGCACACGUCGUGCUAAUGUAAUUGACUCGGAUAGCGACAACGAUGAUGAUGCUGGCGCCAUGCCUGCUUACAAGACAAACAAACGCCCACGCAGCGACAAUGAGCAGGAGGAUGGACAACGACGCGAUGAGCCCGACACCGACGACGAGGAUAUCAAUUUUCUGGCACGCAAGAAGCCAGCCAGCACCGAGCCGGCCAAGCGACGUCGUCUGGCCAUCAUCGAUGACGACGACGACGACGAAUAAUGAUUUCUAGAAUGUAAUUAACUUAGAACUCUGAUUUUGCUAUUGAAUAAAUGUCACACUGCAGCUUGCAUAACGCGCUGCGAAUUAAUUGAAA